AUGGAAAACUGUGCCAAAAAUUAUUGACCAGUUGCGUGGGUAAGAAAUUAAAUGUGACGCAUUUAGUAGUUUAACUGAUCUGAUAAGCAAAAACUUCAUUAAUCCUUUUUGUAAAAUCUUUGUUUACUUACUAAUUUAUUGAAUAUAAUACAGCUACAUGUAUGCAUAAUAAAUAUGGAUAACAAGGCAUAAAUAAACGUUUUCUCAAAACAAACAAAUGAUUAAACAAAAAGGUGCUUAUCACCUAAGAAAUAUACAUAUCAUCUUUUAAGUUACGAAACAAAAGAUGUGUAAAUGAUUAUUUCGUUUAAAAAUGCUUCCUGUAUUCUGUAUUUCUUUCGAUUUCAUGAAAAUUGCAUAUAUUUUGAUCAAAAGCAUUAUAUAAUUUAGAUCAUAACAUACAACAAAAUGACAACCUCAGAAAUGGAAGGUGGUCGAUUCGAUUUCGAUGAUGGUGGAAGUUAUGUUGGCGAGUGGUGUGAAGGAAGAGCACACGGGUUGGGCAUAGCCACUGGACCAGAAAAUCAAGGUGAAUAUUCAGGUGAAUGGAACAUGGGAUUUGAAGCAAGAGGUGUAUAUAUAUGGCCAAGUGGAAAUAUUUAUAGUGGUACUUGGUUAAAAGGCAAACGUCAUGGUGAAGGUGUACAAAUCAAGGGACGCUGGGUUUAUAGAGGGUCAUUUACAACUGGAUUUUGUGGUCGUUAUGGUAUCAAGGAAUCUUUAACCAGUUGCGCAAAAUACGAAGGAAGCUGGCAUUUAAAUCAAUUCGACGGUUUUGGAAUAGAAACCAAUUCAGAUGGAAGUAUAUAUGCUGGAGCAUGGUCUAAGGGUAUGCGUCAGGGUCUUGGUGUUCGUCGUUCAGCUCCUUACGCUCUAGCAGCUGAAUUCAAUCGCACAGUACGCGCAGCUCAGUCCCAAAAUAGUUUACCGUCGGGAACAGAUUCCGAACGCGGUUGGAGAGGCACAAAUAGCUCUGGAGGUGGAAGUGGUGGUGAUGUCAGAAACAGUGCAGAAAGAGGUCGACCAGAUGAACGAAGAAGUGGGUUUGUUUUACGUGCAACAUCUUGCCCCUUACCAUCCUCCUUGUCAAAUAAUUCAAGAAGUAGCUCUUCAGGUUAUCGAAGUGCUACUCCAACAACAGAGAAGAAAUCCAUCUUUAAACGGAGUAUUUUUCGUAAAUUACGAAAACAAAAGUCAACGGGUGAUCUGUCAAUGGUUGGAGGAAGGUCAGUCGGUACAUUUUCCACUUGUGGUGGAAGUGGUGGUUUAUUUCACAGUCGUGGACGCCGGCCGGGUGGAUCACUAAGAUCAAAUAUCAGCACUUCAAGUCAGAUAACAACAAACUCAUUUGGUCGAGGAGACGUAAAGGCUGUUGGGAACGGAGGUCAAGGGCUUCAUGAAUUCAUGGAAGAACCAUUAGGACCUAAUGUUACCGAAACCUACAGUGGUCAAUGGAAUGAAGAUAGACGUUCAGGAUAUGGUGUUGCUGAACGAUCGGAUGGACUACGUUAUGCAGGAGAAUGGUUUAAUAAUAAAAAGGAUGGAUAUGGCGUUACGUAUCGUACAGAUGGAACUAAAGAGGAAGGAAGAUAUAAGGAGAAUAUACUUGUUCAAGCCUUGAACAGAAAAAGCAAAUUAUUUAUGCUUCGGCAUACAAAGUUAAGGGAUGCCAUAGAAGAAGCAGUAAAAAAUGCUGAAGAUGCAGCGAAAAAAGCCCAAGAAUGUUCGUAUGAAUCAGCCUGUCAAAGAGCUCAAACUGCACGAACAAUAGCAAGUACAGCUGAUGCACGUGCUCGAGAAGCACGUAAACUUUCUGAAGAAGCCAGAGCUAUUGCACGCGAAUUUUCUCCAGAGUUCGUUCAGUUAGGACUUAUGUGGGAAAAGCAAAAUCCUUUGAUGAAAAAAGAUAUUUUUGGAUUUAGUUCAAAUAAUGAAGAGGAUGUAACAGCUAGAAAUAGAAGAACCGAUCCUAACAGUUUGCAUGCCCAAGGUAUGUUAAAAGAAAACACUCUAGGUCCAGAUAAUUCUGCUCAAAUUGGCAAUAGCUUAGAAGUAAGCGGUGGAAGCCGCCAGGGUAGUUUCCGUUCAAGUUUUCGCCGUCGCGGGAAUGUUACAUCCGGAUUACAACAAAGCGAGCACUAUCCAAACGAUCAUUACAAGUACCAAGAUGAAACUCAAACAUCUAAUCCUACCAUAGAUACACAAAGAUACCACUCAAAAGAAUUUCAUGGGGUUGGGAAAGAGAAUAAUUCGGAAAUACAAUACAAAAAGCAAAUGGAUCCACAAAACACAGCAUCAGGAUAUCAACGAAGUCCAGCUGGAAGACCUAUAGCUAGAGCUGCCACAACUGGAUUUACUGGUUUAGGGAAUUCACCAUCUGAACAGCAACAAUUUGCACAGCAUAUAGCUCAACAUCCUCAUUCACCUUAUCUAAUAGCAUCAGCAAGUCAACAACUGGAUAUUCCUAUUGAACCACAAAACAAUUCCAGCCGAGGAUUCGAAUAUGGUACAAUGCCACGUGCACACAACAGACCUACUGAUACAGCGUCCCUUCAUUCCCCAACGGUUAGCAGUGCCAAGCUUAUGAAAACUGGAGCUCAUAGAUCAACUGAAAUCCGAAUAGGCACAACCCAACUUGUACAGCCAUGUGAAACAUAUCGUGCUCAUAUUGGCUAUGUGGAUGAUUCCCAAACACAUAAUUUGUUAAAUAUGGAAAUGAAUUUUAAUGGUCAGACUAAUUAUGAAGAAACGAUCAUGGAUAAUUGGGAACAAGAAUCUGUAUUAUCAAAAGAAGCUGUUUCACCACUGGGAACACCACUAUCGUCAGUAAGCAGGGUGCGACGUAGAACUCUACCGUCGAUAAUGACUGAACCUCCUAUUCAAACCACUAGGAAUGCAUGUGUUAAACCAGGGUCGAAAAUAUCAAACCCUGGAAGAAAUACUACAACGAAGGGAUCGAAUUUCAGUUCUAAAUUAAGUUGUAUUAUUGACGAUCAGACUGUACAUAGUGCUGAAAAUUUACCAGCUGAUGCAGCUGCUACUUAUAUCAUUGAGAAUGGAAUUCGAAAACGAGUUCAAGCCGAGUCUCAUCAUCGUCAGCAAAAUCAACGCAAUAAAAUUUCUACAAAACUAACAGGAUCACCUCAAAAAGUUUCAGAUACUAACUAUCUGGAAGGUAGUAGACCAGAAUGGACUACAGCAUAUGAUCCAUAUAGACCAGCUAUGGAAAACACUGGAGUUACAGCUAACAGAUCUGAAAUAAAUAAACAGCCUCACGAUCCAGAAACACCAGACUUAUUACCUCUCCCUAAGUCAUAUCUUAUUGAAUCGAUAAUUCACCUUCCUGGAGCCGUUAAAGAAGCCAGUAUGCCAGAUAUUUCCAUAAAUCACGGUCACACAGCGGAUAGAUAUGACAGUCCUUCAAGGCAUAGGUCAGUACAACAACCAGUUUCUGGAGAACUUACUCGUGAGGAAGUUGCACGCCUAAGUCAAGCCAGAAGACAGGAAUUAUAUCAUGAAAUGGAAAGACGAAAACGAGGUGAAAUUGUUAUACGCUUGGCCGAUAUUAAGGAUUGGAUUCGUGCUAAUUUCGUUAUCGUUUUCGUCUUAUUGAUCAAUGCCAGUUUAGCAUUUUUCUUUUUUAAUUUACUAACUGAAAAUUCAAAUCAAUCAAAUCCAUCACGUAAAACAAUUUCAACCACUGGUCGUUCAUCAUCGAGUGAUAUGAAUUCACCAGCAAUGAAAACAAUUAAAACUGCUAAAAAAUUUAUAUCGGCUGCCAUGAAAGCCAAACAACAAAAUGAUGCUGGACAUUAAUUUGUCAGUCAAUUACAUCAAUAUCGUCAUCAGCACAACUGACAGAAUUGAAACAAUAGUUUUUCUCUUUUAGUUUCGAGCGUUUUGAAACUUUUCCUUAUUUCUUUUUUGUUAUUAUGAUUAUCUGUUUGGUUUGAAAUAUGUGUUUAGUUACACAAAACUCUUCUAAGUCAAUUAUAAUGAGGAAAUGUGAGAAUUUCUGCAUACUUCGAGUUUUUUUCGUCACUGUUCUUAUUUUCAAAAACUAAUUGACACACACGUAAAUACACAGACUUACGUAAACUAGAGGAUUUUAUACAUUAUCUGAUAUAUUUUGCCGUGUACAGCUGAAAUGAUCACAGGUAACAAUGCUAUCAUGAAUGAGGAUUAAGACUGGUGGUCAUAUGCUUUGUAUAGUACUACUACUACUACUACUCAUACUAAUAAUAUACUACUGUUUUCAUUGCAAACCUAUUUCCCACUAACUAAUCUCUUUUCAUUUAUUCCACUAAUAUUAGGAAACACAAUUGUACACAGACAAAAAAUAUUCUUUACUACAACACUACUACACGUAUUUAUCACCCAUUUUAUUUUUUAAGGUAUAUCUCCUUUACUUGUCUUUUUUUUUCAAAAAUAAACAAUAUUUCCUUAAUUUAUCGUUCUAUUUUAUAGGUUUAAUGGUUUUUCAUAUUAUUACAAUUGUUAUGGUUGCAGUUAUCGUCAUUUAACACUUCGAAAACAUACUAAAGGCUAAACCUUCAAGUAAAAUUAUUCUAUCCUAGAUCAGUUAGUCUAUCGUAAAAGGCAACAAGAUAGAUUAUAUUGAUCGUUUGAAUCUUUGCUUUUAUUUCGUUAAUCUUUUUCUGAAAAUAAACUUAACAAAUAAUAAAGAUUGUGUUUCGUUAAGUAGCCAGUUCAACUACACACAAGCACUUAUUGAGGUGAUUAAAAACACAGUACAAAGUGUCAUUCAUUCCCUUUUAAACACAAACAAACCAAACAAUGAAUAUUUGUUUAAAAUUUAGGCAUUUCAGUAAUAUUUCAACAUUUGGUCUGAUUAAAUUUUUAUUUAAACUCUUAUCCCAAUUUCAUUUGUAGACAUUCAAUGCUCCUCUAUGUUGUUGUUAUUGUUAUCGUUUUCUAAUCUGUUCUUUUAUUCUGUCUAUUUUCAUUUCGUUCCCUACAUGUGUGUGUAUGGAGUUGCUCAAACUUUGAA